GGAAGUGGAGCUGCCGCCACCGCCGCCGAUUCCGGAGCCGGGGUAGCUGCCGCGCCGCCACUGCAGCCGCUGCCGCCCUCGCCGCUGCUGCCUGAGGAGUGGGCCUGGGAAGGAAGCGGUCACCGCGCUUAGAGCACCGCUCGCAGACGUCUUUGUCCCCUGCAGACCUCCCACGGGAAUGACCAUGGAUAAAAGUGAGCUGGUACAGAAAGCCAAACUCGCCGAGCAGGCUGAGCGCUAUGAUGACAUGGCCGCGGCCAUGAAGGCAGUCACGGAACAGGGGCACGAACUCUCCAAUGAGGAGAGAAACCUGCUCUCUGUUGCCUACAAGAACGUGGUGGGUGCCCGCCGUUCUUCCUGGCGUGUCAUCUCCAGCAUCGAACAGAAAACAGAGAGGAACGAGAAGAAGCAGCAGAUGGGCAAAGAGUACCGGGAGAAGAUAGAGGCAGAGCUGCAGGACAUCUGCAACGAUGUUCUGGAGCUGUUGGACAAAUAUCUUAUUCCCAAUGCCACACAACCAGAAAGUAAGGUGUUCUACUUGAAAAUGAAGGGAGAUUAUUUUAGAUAUCUUUCUGAGGUGGCAUCUGGAGACAAUAAGCAAACCACUGUGUCAAACUCUCAGCAGGCUUACCAGGAAGCAUUUGAAAUUAGUAAGAAAGAAAUGCAGCCUACACACCCAAUUCGACUUGGCCUGGCACUGAAUUUCUCAGUGUUUUACUAUGAGAUUCUCAACUCUCCUGAAAAGGCUUGCAGCCUGGCGAAAACGGCGUUUGAUGAAGCAAUUGCUGAAUUGGAUACACUGAAUGAAGAGUCGUACAAAGACAGCACGUUGAUCAUGCAGUUGCUUAGGGACAAUCUCACUCUGUGGACGUCGGAAAACCAGGGAGAUGAAGGAGAUGCUGGGGAGGGAGAGAAUUAAUGUCUGUCAUGCGUCGUGAUCUGUUCGAUGUCACUCUGUACCCUCCAUAUAUAUCCCUUUGUGCGAUAAAAAGAAAAGAAAAAAAAGAAUCGUACAUCGACUUUUCGAUUUUUCACAACCUCAGCCUAGCAAAAAUGGUCCAUGGGAUAAACAGCUGGUAUUUGUAUCUCAAACUCAGAUGGUCACAUAAAUGCCACGGCAUUCUGAAGUUUCGAUUUUUAACAUUGACAGGAUUACUGUGUGUUUAAUUUGUUUUGAAACUGAACACUGUGAUUAUGGGGUUUUGUAAAAAAGCAGCACUCUUACUAGGAAAACAAAAAUAGACCUAAAUUAUCUGUAACUUUUGGGAAGUUUAAUCUGAUAUCAGAACAGUCAGUGAAAUACAGCUCCAUUGUAAAGUUGUACAGAAAGGUAUAGAUAUUAUAUUGUGAUGCUGGAACUUGGAGUGAGACACAGCUAUCCUUUCACAUUCGAGUUUGAUGGCGAUUCACAGUAAUUCUGCCUCUUGUUCUUAUAGACACUUGACCAAUUUGGGCUAUUGCCACUCAAAAGUUUAUGACCGUAGAUGUCCAGUGUCUUCCUCUGAGGAAACGCAAAGCUUAAAAUGGAAAUUUUUUGUGGCAGAUAACUGGGUUAUGACACCAUGAGAAGGUCCAGUGCUCAAAGUAACACACAUGACUAAAACCCCUGUCCUACAACAGUGUCACUGAUUUGCGACUUGUGCUUCAGUCGUGGAAUCUAUUUUCCUUGUAACCAUGAGCUAAAGAAGAAUGAAAGCCGUGUAUCUUAUGAAUGGCCUUAUCUGUCUCCUGGGUAUACCUUUAAGAAUAAUGUUCUGCAGAGAUUACCUUUCACAUGAGUAGUACUCAGUCUUUGGGUUUUUCCUUGCUCGGGGCUUUAAAUUUUGAAAUCUAAACAUUCCUUGCCACUGUCUUUUUGACUUUGACUUUCUUUUUCUCUUCCCUCUUUAAAUUUCUGUCCUGCUGCUUUGCCUUUUUUUUUUUCUUUUUGAAGUCUGCUUGUCUUUUGUUCACGGUUUAAUACUGUAUGGGCAGGGAUAGGGGGCCUGGAGGGGGUGAGAAAUGAAAUGGGCGAGCACUUGGGUGAGCAGGCCUUGUUUCAAAAAGCUGCGAAGAGCUUCCAGCACCAUAGCUCUGUCUUCCUGUUCUCAGCGCAGUUGCUGCUCUUAAGUCACACCAAGAUCUGAAUUGAAAAAAAUAUUUUUAAGUAUCCACGACUUCUUCCUGUAUUUACAGCCAGCCCUGAUAAUGCUUGUUAGUACCUGUCACCAGAUCUCCCAACUGUACUCAUCCAGCCAAGUUCACAGACAUGUUUCAACAAGACCCUAUAAUGCAGGGAAGUUGCAUGAACACUUGCAGUGGGGAGAAUCCAGAAUACCCGGGCCUACCAGUCUCACAGUAUCCCCCCGCCCGUCUUCAACAUUCCACACAGCUGUAGUGUCCAUCUGUUUGUCCAUCUGCUGAAAUGAGAAAAGAGACAUUCAUGCACUGAUGAAAACAAACCAAAAAAAGAAAAAAAAAUCCCCUCUUUCUAGCUGAACAAAAAUGUGCAGUUAAAUACUUGGCGCUUGAAAAUGCAGUAGUGAAUGUGGAACGAGCCUGUCUGUAUAUCUGGUAGCUCUUUCUUGCUUUGUUCUUCCUUACCAGUAUUCUGCCUCACGUUUGCUUCCGUGACGGUAAUAUUGCCUAGCAAGCACACCCGUGGUUGUGAAAAUAGUAUAGAGCAAAAAAGAAAAAACCCCGGUUAUUGAUGUACUAGAUUUGUGUAUGUCUUUUAAACAGUUCUAGUUUCCACCUUACACGGAAUAAUCAGGAAACGUGUAAAAAUUCAAAAGUGAAAUAAAAAAUUUUAUCAGUUA